CCGUGCGGAGCCGUGCGGAGCCGUUUCCGUCCCUCUGUCUCUCUCUCCGUCUCUCUGUUCUCUCACCGUGAAUGCGCGCAACGGGAGCGCAAGUCCUGGAGCGCAGCGCAGCGCUGAGGCGAGGAACGGAGCGCUCGGAGCUCGGCGGAGCGCGGUGUCCUCGGCAAUGCAAUCCGCGCGGCUGCGCGUCCUCCUGCCUCUGCUGGGCUGCCUCCUAUCCGCGGCAUCCAGCACGCGCCCAGAGUGCAGCAUCAUGCUGGAGAUUGAAGAGGAACGCAGCCAGUGCCUGGCAGAGAUCACUGAGGAUAAUCAGACCUCAGGUUGCAGAAGGCAGUGGGACAACAUCACGUGCUGGCCUGAAGCGCAGGUGGGAGCGGUUGUGGUGAAGCCAUGCCCAAAGUACUUCAGGUUCCUCACCACUUUUCUUGGAAAUGUGAGCAGGAAUUGCACAAGUCAGGGCUGGACAGAUGUGUACCCUGCACCGUAUGCUGUUGCUUGCGGCUACGAUUCCAACAGCACACCAGGGGAAGAGCAAACGGCGUUCUAUGGCACAGUCAAGACCGGCUACACCAUUGGACAUACCUUAUCACUCAUUGCUCUCACAGCUGCUAUGAUCAUUUUAUGUCUCUUCAGAAAACUGCACUGUACUCGAAAUUAUAUACAUAUGCACCUCUUCAUGUCCUUUAUAAUGAGAGCCAUCGCAGUCUUCAUAAAAGAUGUCAUCCUGUUUGAAAGUGGAGAACCUGAACAUUGCUUUGUGAGCUCAGUAGGCUGCAAAGCCAUGAUGGUUUUCUUCCAGUACUGCGUCAUGGCCAACUUCUUCUGGCUGCUGGUGGAAGGGCUGUAUCUUCACACCCUGUUGGUCAUCUCCUUCUUUUCAGAGAGGAAGUACUUCUGGUGGUACAUCUUAAUUGGCUGGGGUGCCCCCUCCGUGUUCAUCACUGCUUGGACGGUCGUCAGGAUUUACUUUUUCAAUGUUGGAUGCUGGGAGGAAAUAAUAGAAUCCCCAAUCUGGUGGAUCAUUAAAACUCCUAUUUUGGUGUCCAUUUUGGUGAACUUCAUUCUCUUCAUUUGUAUCAUCCGUAUCUUAGUCCAGAAGUUGCAUUCCCCAGAUGUUGGACACAAUGAAACCAGCCAGUAUUCGAGACUGGCCAAGUCCACCUUGCUGCUGAUCCCUCUCUUUGGCAUUCACUACAUCAUGUUUGCUUUCUUCCCUGACAAUUUCAAAGCAGAAGUUAAGCUGGUGUUUGAGCUCGUAGUUGGGUCAUUCCAGGGUUUUGUGGUGGCUGUCCUCUACUGUUUUCUCAAUGGAGAGGUCCAAGCUGAGCUCAAGAGAAAGUGGCGGAGGUGGCACCUGGAGCGGUUCCUGGGCUCAGACAUGAAGUACCACCACCCUUCUUUGGGCAGCAACGGCACCAACUUCAGCACCCAGAUCUCCAUGCUGACCAAGUGCUCACCAAAGACACGCCGGUGCUCCAGCUUCCAGGCAGAAUUCUCUCUGGUUUGAUGGAGAGAGGCUCUCUGAGCACUGAGCAUCCAAGAGAGAGAAGGAUCCCCAGGAAUCAGUUACCUAUGGACAAAUCCUUGUGAAAUGACAUGCUCCACUUGAGCCAACAGAGGACAGAAAACUGGAAAAGCCAUUGGCAUCCAGAACGAGAUCAGACAAGCUAAGAGGCAGAGAAAUACUUUUCCUCUCCCUCUUUUCAGACCUUUCUCUCUAAGUUGGUGCCCGUGGGGCUGAUAAUGCUGAGUAAAGGUCCCAGUCACUCGA